AACACCCCCUCUCCGUUCAAGACAUGGUAUCGACCAAACAUGGCAGCCUCCGUGUGGAAGCGCUGUGUGACUGCUGCAGUCAAAGUUAAAUGUUUAUCUCCUUCCCUCUCAGCCAGGAGAUGGUUGCUCUCAGCAGCUUAUACAGACACCAAAUUAUGGGAAGCAAGAGGGAGAGAUCCUCAGAACCUGGCUUUACUGGCCAACACCAUGGAUCGAACAUAUGAAAAGAAUCUCCCUGUUAGCUCUCUUUCUGUCUCACGGUUUGUAGACAACAUUUCAUCUCGAGAGGAAGUUGAUCAAGCCGAGUACUACCUUUACAAGUUUCGUCACAGUCCAAACUGUUGGUACCUGAGAGACUGGACCGUUCAUGACUGGAUCCAACAGUGUGUAAAACACGGGGCGAGAGAAAAGGCCCUGUACACACUUAAAAACAAGGUUCAGUACGGCAUAUUCCCAGAUGACUUCACCUUCAACCUGCUCAUUGAUUCUUACGUUAAGGAUGACGACUUUAAAAGUGCGUGCUCUGUAGUUGAAGAGGUAAUGCUACAGGAAGCCUUCGACCUUCCCUCCACACAGAUCCUGUCUCUGUACGCUCUGGGCAGUUACCAAGCAACUAGACCACAACUCACUGUGUCAGAGGAGCGAGCACUGGGGGCAUCUCUGCUCAUCUGUGGACUGAAGCAGGACAACACUGUUGGCCUCAGUGCCCAGCUGCUCGGCAAUGCCCUUCUCGGUAAGCUGGAGAUGUCAAGUGGAAUACAUGCUGUGUUCAAAGGGAUGCCUCUCUUCUGGGGUCCUGGGUAUCUGGGCCGAGCACUGGCUGUCAUGGAGGGAGUGGCCGCUGCUUCUGGUGACGUCAAGCUGUCCAAAGACACGCUGGACAACGUGAAUGAUUUGCUGCAGGAGCUCUCAUCAACCUCAGACUCAGACUCAUCUGGAGAGGAGUCAGCAGGUGAAGAGGACAAGAAAGAAGAGGAAGUGGAUGAAGAUGAUCAAGCCGAGAAGUCUAAGCUACCUCAAUAUGUCAGCAGGUUCAAAGAGCUGAGGAGCGAGCUGGAGUCUCAGGGUAAAGUAGACUCUGCCUCUUUUCAGGCUUUAGUGACUGCUCUGGCCCAGCAGAACCUGGCAGCUGCUGAGAAACCGGACUUGGAGCAGUAUGAGAAGCGGGUGCAGGGAUGGGAGUCUGAAAAGAAGCAGCUGAUCCAGAGAGAGAAGGAGACGAGGGAGAGGGUAGAGAAGGAGAAACAGGAGCGGUUAGCUGCGCGGGCUGCAGCCCAGCAAGCGUAAAGAGACUCUGCAUCAUGAUAACGGAGCUGUAUAUUGAGUAUACAUUUCAAUUGUGUACACUAUUAGGAGUGUUAUGUCUCUAUCAUUGUGACAUAUACACAUUGUUAACAUUGCAAAUGCAUGUUUCAGCAGUUUCUUUUCUUAAUGUCAAUUAUUGUGUGUUUAUGUGAUAAUAUAUGGCUCUGUUUUAUAGAAUUAAAAAGGAGAAGUAUGAAUGUAUCAUCAAAAUUAAAUGGAUGCAUUUCUUUCAUAAACUUUGCUUAAAAUGCA